AUGGCCUCGCUCGAGGGAGUGCCGCCCCCUGCUCCUCCUCCCGCCGCAGAUGCACCGCCGCCGCUCGCCGUCACUCGCGACUUUCGCCCCUACUACUCGCCUGUCGAGCUCGACUACCUCGUCCACCUCCAGGCCCACGCACGCCACUCGACCCACGCACCGCACCCUCACCACCCGACCACCCUCAGCGACCACCGCAUCGAGCACUACCGCCAGCUCGCGUGCGGCUUCAUCGAGCGCGUCGCAGCCAGGCUCGGCUUCCCUCGGCGCACGAUCGCGACUGCCCAGAAGCUGUACCACCGCUUCCACCUCCACUUCUCCCUCACCGACUUUGCCUACCAGGACGUCUCGCUCGCGACCCUCCUCGUCGCCUCCAAGCUCGAGGACACGCUCAAGAAGCUGCGCGAGAUCCAGAUCGCCGCCUACCAGGUCUCGAACCUCCUCGAGGGCGGCAACGGCAUGGGCGAGGGCGACCCAAACGCCCAGGAGGCGCACCGCCCGCACCUGAUCGGCAUCGAGCGCCUCGUCCUCCAGACCAUCUCGUUCAACUUCAACCUGCAUCGGAGCCUCGACCCGGUCGACGCCGACGCGCCGAGCGGCACCGACGCCGCCGGCAGCGACGACGCGCUCCUCCUCGCCGCCGCCCUCGCGACCCCUCCCCCGACCCGCGACGCCUUUACCUACCUCGUCCGCCUCGCGCAAUCCCUCCCCUCGCUCCCUCCCGCCCUCUUCACCCUCCCCUCGACCGCCCCUCCCGGCACGGCCCCGCCAACGCCCGACGCCGUCCUCAAGCAGCUCACCUUCGCGUCCUUCCUCCUCCUCACCGACCUGCACCGCACCCUCGCACCCCUGUCGUAUCCGCCUCACACGUGCGCCGCAGCGUGCGUCUACUUGGCCGGCUUCAUGCUCGUCGCGGCGUCUACCGCGAGGCGAGGGUCGGGCGGCGUGGGAGGAGCGACUGCUGCGAGCGGCGAGGAGGGCACGGGCGUGUGGGACGCAGAGGUCGUCAGCGGGUGGGCGACGAGCUGCGAGAGCGACGAACGCGACAUUGACGACAUCGCCCAGAUGCUCCUCGACCUCCUCAUCUACCUGUGCCCCUCGUCAUCCUCGACCUCGACCUCGGCUUUCGCCGCCGCCAGCACCGUCUCGCCCCUCUUCUCGCCCUCGUCCGCCUCGCCGUCCGAAGCGGGCCCGGCGCCCCUCUCAGACCGCGACAAGCACCUCGUCGCGACGGGCGUGCCCAACGCGUUCGCGGCACACCCGCUCCUCGGCGCUCGGGCCUCGGUCGACGCGCUCACGAGGGUCAAGAUCGACCUGCGGCGCGCGAGGGAGGCGCACGGCUCGUCGUCGUCGUCGUCGUCGGGCGCUCGAGGCACCAAGCGCAAGCGGCCCUCGUCCGGCCCCGAGCCGCUCAACGGCGACGCGAGCGACGAGCCUCCCGUCGCCGCCGCCGACGACGACGACGAGCCCGACACGCCCCUCACGCGCGCCCGAAGGUGGACCAACCUCGAGGCCGGGCUCGUCGACGUCGGCCGCGUGCGCGACGAGCGCGCGCUCAGGGAGCUCGUGCGCGCCGAGGACCGGGCCGAGCGCGAGCGCGCGGCGGCUGGCGGGGCUGCGGCGGGGCUGGAGGCGGGCGCGGGGGCUGUGGGAGGAGGAGGAGGAGCAGCGGGUGACGGCAGGACGGAGGAGGAGCGCGAGCGGGACAGGCGGGACAGGAGGGAGAGGCUGAGGCCUGGGAGCGUGCGGUACAGGUUCUGAGCCGGGCGGAACGGCGGCGGCGGCGCGAGGACGACGAAGCGCAAUCGACCUCUUUCCCUCGCC